AUGGUGGGAUAUUCUCUUUUUCCCCUCACCACCAACACUUUCCCCUCUCCCUUCCCUUUCAUUCAUCACAAACACCACCAUCCUUUCCCUUCUCUUUUUCUCCUCACCACCAACACUUUCCCCUCUCCCUUCCCUUUCAUUCAUCACAAACACCACCAUCCUUCCCCCUCUCUUUUUCCCCUCACCACCAACACUUUCCCCUCUCCCUUCCCUUUCAUUGAUCACAAACACCACCAUCCUUACCCUUUCUUUUUCCCCUCACCAACAACACUUUCCCCUCUCCCUUCCCUUUCAUUGAUCACAAACACCACCAUCCUUACCCUUUCUUUUUCCCCUCACCAACAACAAAUUUCCCUCUCCCUUCCCCUUCACUCAUCACAACCAUCACCAUCCUUCCCCUCUUUUUUCCCCUCACUCCUGCUCUUCCUGUCAUUUUCCCCUCAACUCCACUUGCCCCCCACUCACCUUCCCCCUCUCCACAGGUACGACUACGAGGUGUUGAUGAGGAACUCCACCUUCUGCCUGGUGCCAAGGGGUCGUCGUCUGGGCUCCUUCCGCUUCCUGGAGGUGCUGCAGGCCGGGUGCAUCCCCGUGUUGCUGGCGAACGGCUGGGAGCUGCCCUUCAGCGAGGUGGUGGACUGGACCAGGUGCACCGUGCAGGCCGAUGAGAGGCUUCUACUGCAGGUGCCGGAGGUGGUGCGAUCCAUCAACGCGUCGCAGAUGCUACAGAUGCGGCAGCAGACACAGCUCAUAUGGAACAGAUACUUCUCAUCCGUGCAGAAAAUAGUCUUCGCCACGCUGGAGAUCGUGGCAGACAGGGUGCGGCGGCAGAGGUCUCGGCCGCUGUCAGUCUGGAACAGCGACCCGGGAGCCCUGGCCACCAACCUGUCCUUCUCCGACCACCUGCCGCACUUCCCUUUCUACCACAACACCCUCGGCACGUCCCCGUCGCCAAGGUACACAGCGGUGAUUGGUGUGAGUCACGGUGGCAGCGGCCUCAUCCACACCACGCCGCUCUACAAGCUCAUCAAGAACAUCGCACGGAGCAAGUUUGUUGAGAAGAUUGUGGUGGUGUGGACGAGCCCGCAGGUGGCGCCCGUGGAGAGUCGGUUACCCGGGGGCAGCGUACCCGUGCAUGUGGUGGUGCCCGAUGACCCCUCGCCCUCAGCCCGCCACCGCCCACACCCGCUGGUCACCUCUGACGCCAUCUUCUCCCUGGACGAAGACGUGACACUCACCACGGAUGAGCUUGACUUUGCCUUCGUGGUGUGGCGGACCUUCCCAGACCGCCUGGUGGGGUACCCGGCACGCUCACACCACUGGGACGAGAGCAAGGGCGGGUGGAGUUACAGCAGCCGGUGGACCAACUCGUACUCCCUGGUGCUGACGGGCGCGGCGCUGUACCACCGCUACUGGCAGCACGUGUACACCCAGCAGACACACCCGAGCCUGCUGGGCGCCGUCACCACCACCGGGAACUGUGACGACCUGCUGCUCAACCUGCUGGUGGCCGCCGUCACCCGCCGACCCCCCAUAAAGCUCACCCAGCGCAAGCAGUACAAAGAUCCAGCAUCUGAGGCCAAGUGGGUGUGGACGGAGCAGACACACUUCCAGCAGCGCAGCGUCUGCCUCAACACCUUCGUCUCGGUGCUGGGCUUCAUGCCGCUGCGCCACUCCAACCUCCGCCUGGACCCGGUCCUCUUCAAGGACAAGGUGUCGAUGCAGCGGAAGAAGUACCGACAGAUAGAGAAGAUCGGCAGCUAACGACAGCUGAGGUUUAGGUUCUCCAAGCUCCUCGUGUUUGGCGGCUACUUCGUCCUGAGUGACAGCUAUGGGAACAGUAACUACAUUAACUCGGACGAAGUGUGAGCGACGGGACUUAUGUGGUAUGGGGUGGAGGUGAUGGGGAGGCUGAGACAAGGUGUAAAUAUGAAGGGGUGACUUGUGCUAUAGUGUGACAUGAAGGGAAAAUGAAAUAGUAAAAAUGUGUUUGUAUGAAGGGAAAGCGUUUGAAGUCUGAAUAUUUGAAGGGAAAAGCAAAUCGUAGAAAUGUGUCCAGAUGAAAGGAUGUUUUGUAUAAUGGAGUGACGUUGAUGUGGAAAGGAAGUCGUGGAAAUGUUUGUGUCAGUGUGAAGUGGUCCAAGUUUGAAGGGAAAGAUAAAUCCUGGAAAUGUGUCCAGGUGAAACCAAGCACCAGUGUGAAUUUGUGACUUGUAAAAAUGAUGUAAAUUUGAAUAGGAAAACUCAUUAAGAAACGACACAAACUGAAGAAAAUGAGAAAAAGAUAGAGUGAAUUUAAGGGUGACUUUUAUAUUUUGUGUGUGGGAUUUUGUGCAUAUGAGAAAACUUUUGUGAAAUGUCAGGUUUGUGAGGAAAACCUUCUUCGGUGCAAGUUCUGAGUGGUGGCGUCCUUGGAAUUAAAAAAAUGAAUAUGAUGAAUGAGUAAGAAAACGCUGAGUGAAGAGAGAAAUAAAUUAAAACACUGGAAAAAAACGGAAAUUCUCGAGUGAUAAGAUUUUAUUGUGAAUGAAACGCUCUUUUGAAAAAUAAAUAAAUAGCAAAAGUGAAUAAAUUAAGUCAAAAAGGUUAAGAGCAUUGUGUGUAUCUGUGUGUGUGUGUUAGAUGAAGGCCAUUAUGUUUUAUAUUUCCUGAACGUCACUUUUUUGGAAACGUAACACUUAAGAAAAACUGAGUCCGGAACACAAAAGGAGAAGUAUUUGUAUUCUCAUCCUAUUCCCUUUCUUUCUCUCCUUUAUUAUUUUCUUCACUUCUUUCUUUUCCUCCUUCCAUCUGUCUUGCUUAACUUUGUCUCUUUCUUUUCAUUCUCUCUCCUGUUCCCUUUUUUCCUUUCCCUGAUUAUUCUCUUUUCUUCCUUCUUUCUUUUUGUAUUCCUUCCUUCCAUCUGUCUUUCUUAAAUUUGUCUCUUUCUCUUAAAUCUCACUUCUGUUCCCUUUCUUCCUUUUUAUAUUCUUUCUCCUAAAUCUUUCUCCUUCUUAUAUUAAUUUUCUUUCUCUUGAAUCUCUCUUUCUUAUAUACCUUUUCUUUCCUUUCUCUCUCUCUCUCUCUCUCUUAAACUCCUUUCCUUUCUUUUGUAAAUAAUGGUGUAAAAAAAGGUGUGUGUGUGUGUGUGUGUGGCAUAGUUUUGGGAGAGGUCAUUUUCUCUCACCAGCAGAAAAAUAAAGAAGAAAAUAUUUGGUCAUAAUUCAUGGGUUGAAAAUAAAUAAAAAUGUUCUUGUGAAAUGGCAAAAGGGAAAAAAAGAUUGAGUUGAAAACCAAAUUAAAAAGAAAUAUGUAUAGUUGUUUUUUGGCAGGUAAAUUUGGGUGAAUAUUCUUGUUCCUUCAAUUUGCUCGAAAGAAAGAAAAAAUGACGGCAAAUUAAUGAAAAAAAUUUAUCUGGUCUGUACUUUAAAACUGUGUGUGUGUGUGUGUGUGUGUGUGUCGAUGUGAGCAAGCGUGUAAAAAAACCUUAUGUACGCAUCUGUGUGUAUAUGAUUCAAUGUACGUAUCUUUUUUAUACUCAAAGACGAUACCGUGUAAGACUUUUUGAUACGACACGUGAGGUUUCAAGACAGUUUACACUUAACAUAAAAACAUAAAUAAACAAACAACGCGAAAUAUGGCAGUGUGCGUGUGUAUGUAUGUGUGUGUGUAUGGUGACGAUGGAAGCAGUUCUGGUCAACGCUAUGGUGGUGAUGAACGGUGCCAUUAUUUCUUUAUUACUGUUUAGCUUUGUACCGUUAGCUAAGGUCACACUCCUAGGAUCACAAGUCAUAAGGUCUCAGUCAUGGGUGGCUUUCCGCGGUCCCCUUCCGACCCACACUGACGGGGGCCGAAGCUCAAAAAGACUUUCCUGUGUUGUGUUGUGUUCUGUGCUAAGUGGGGCUGGGGGGUGGAGGAAGGAGAAAAGGAAAGGAGGAGGUAGGGAGGGAGAGUGGAGAUUAGAUGAGGUGUGUGUGUGGGGAGAGAGAUAGUGGGUGUAGGAAAGGAAAGUGGAAGUGUGUGUAUGUGUGUGUGUAAUUAUUCACCUCUUGGUCUGCUGCGGGUCUCUCUCGAGACAGCCAGCCGUUCCCCUACGGAAGAGCACAGAGCUCGUUGUAUCGAUCUUUGGGUAGGACUGAGACCACUCAUACACAACACACCGCGACAACGAGGUCACAAUGUGUGUGGGUGUGGGUGGAGAGAGGAGAGAAGAAAGAUGAGGGUUUAGGAAAGGAAAGUGGAGUUGUGUGAGUGUGUGUGUGUGUAUCCCUCCCUGCCUGGUGUCUUAGCACUGGUGUUGUUUUCUUCAAGUCAUUCCAGAGUUCCUGUCAAGUCAUAGAUUAAGGGAGGGAUGGAGGGAAGAAAUCAGACAAACUAGGAAACAAUGUGUGUCUCCAUAAACUUAUGAACUAAAAUGAGUCAUGGAUGAAUAAACACUAAAAGGAACAGCUAAAUAAAUGAAUACGAAAACAUUAAAGUCUACAUGAAUGAAUAAACACUAAAGGAACAUGUAAAUAAAUAAAUAAAAAACUAAAGCAAUGUCUAAAUUAAAUAACAGUUGUGACCACUUUAUUCUUUUUCAUCCUUUUCAAUUUUUUAAGUUCACAGUUCAAUGCCUCAAAAAACAUCCUUUUUUGGGCUAUUAAAAUUUUAGUUUACGAUUUAAUGACUCAAAAAAAUAGGCUAUUAAAACUACCCAGCACUCCUUAACAGCUCCAAUACCUUAGACAACGAUCACUGUUAUAGGCGUCGCAAUUAGUGCAGUGACAUUCUUUUCACAGCUAUAAAAAUAAACAAAAAAGAAAAACGCUGCUUUUCAUCAUUGGUAAACGAAUUCAGACAAAACGACAAAAGAGUAACGACGCAUCAUUUUCAAGGUGUUUAUGGUGUUUAUAUUAUUCAGAACCCCUCGUCUGGUGCUACAAGGGCAGCGAAGAAUGUCCAGUAGUCGGCAACAUUUCUGACAACUUACAUUAUCAUAACUUACUUUAUAGGAAACAAUACUAACUACUUAGGACUACGCCAUUAAACUUAUUGAUAAUUUAUAUAUGUUCCUGUAAUUUAAACCAUAUAAUGACAUGCGACUGUGGCCAAAAUAGGGAUAAAUUUGUGGUUUAAUGAAGAGAAUGGGUCUUAGGAUGAAGUUGUCAAGCUGUCACAUAAAUGGCAGCACCGUACACAAGCAGGUUUAAAACUCCCCCAUUCACUCCUUCUAUGACCAACUUCGAUAUUUACUUCUCUCUUAACAUUUCUCCCUUAUUUAUAUCAGGUAGCAAUGCACAAGAGGUCUUUCAGUGUAGUCGAACAUACAUUGUGAUCCCAAACUUUUAUAGAACCUGUCACUUUGUUGUUAUUAUUAUUAUUAUUAUUUUAUGUCACAAAGCGUAGGCGAGUGUUUAGAGAAAGCGCAAGGGAGGAAAACAAACGUAACCAAUCGUAAGGAAUCGUGUUAUGUAGUAUUUCUGUGCUUGUUUGUGUUUGGUGUGCGUGGUUGGUAUUACUUCCUCCAUUGGUAUUAACCAUUGAAAAGAAAGUAUUACCAGAUAAGAGAGAGAGGGAGAGUCAUGUAGAUGUGGUAAUUUGUUAAGGCAUUUCCAAAACACUUAAGAGGAGGAAGAAGGGGAUGACUAGUGAUUCUUUCUCGACUAUCAGUUGCUCAGUUGUGUGUGAGAGAGAGAGAGAGAGAGAGAGAGAGAGAGAGAAUGUAUUAAAUAAAAAGUAAUCGAACAAAUAAUUUUUACAUCACACUCUUAUAAUGUGCCAAAACUAGGGCAUAUUAUUAUUAUUAUUAUUAUUAUUAUUAUUAUUAUUAUUACUACUAUCAUUACACCCACAUUGUCCCUCCAUAAUAUUUCCUCCACCUGUCCACUCAUUAACUCCGCAAUACUCAAGUCCACAACAAAAUUUUCUCUUCCACAUAAAAAAUUCAGCCAUUAUAAAAAAAAUAUCACUUUACAUUUGACCAGAUUUAAAAUGCCAGAAAAAUACAGAUCAAAAUAGUUCACUUUCUAGGCAUGUUUGAAAUUAACCAACUGAUGAACAAAAAAUAAGAUAAAUAA